AUGGUACGCUCCCAAGACCGCCAAGACCGCGCAGCUGAGACACUCAACGAGGCCGACUUUCGUGCCUCCACUGCCGAGUUAUUUCAGCGGGAGGAACGUCGCAAGGCAAAGGUCGCUCAAAUCAUCGUACCCAGCCGCAGAGACGACAAUGACGAAGGGGACAACUCCGGCUUGGGAACUUUGCCGUCCGUCUUUGACUACUGCUUACAAGCUGAAGGGCCCGAUGGGGUGCUCAAGCUCACCAACUUUGCGCCAGAGGAGUUCGAUCAUGUUUGGGCAGCUGUGUACCCUCAUUUGCAGGGGAAAUGGAACGUGGGCCGCGGUAAAAAAUGCCGCUACGCUGCGCGCGACGUUUUCUUUAUGACGCUGAGUUCACUCAAACAUCUUGGAAAAUGGGACACCGUUGCUCGAGUUUUUAGAAUCCCGCCAUCCACCUUUCAGAAAAUGAUCCGCAAGUUUAUGGAUAUACUGUCUCCUAUUCUCUACGAAAUGUACGUAGAGAAAGCGAAUGACCAGUGGACACUGGGGAAGAUUGUACGAUCAGGGCAUGCGUUUAAGUACUUCCCGUAUGCUCGAUAUGCUACGGACGUUACCUUUCAGCAUGCUAACAAACCCAGCGGUAACAUGAGCGAGAUCUUACGCUAUUACAGUGGCAAACAUCACUUGUAUGGCUACAAAGUGGAGGUGUCGGUGCUGCCGAACGGUGUCGCGAUUAAUUGCACGGAGCACACCGGUGGGAGCACGCAUGACGCUGAGAUUUUUCGCAGGAACGCAGCAUUUCAUUCGCGAGCUCUUCACAAACACUCUAGUGAUGCCAAUGUUCGAGACGAAGGAAAACUACAAGACAAGUAUCCGAAAGAAUGGGCGGUGUUAGUCGAUAAGGGCUACCAGGGUAUGGCGCGUGAGUACCGAGCAAUUCACCCCAUUAAAAGCGGGCGUCUGCAGCCGCUCUCGCUCGAAGACGCCAGCUUUAACGACGAGCUCGCGCAUGACCGUGUCAUUGUUGAGAAUUUCUUCGGUAGAUUGAAGUCUCUGUGGGGAAUUUGUUCCGACAAGUGGAAGUUUGACGAGACCUCUUACGACCUAUACUUUCGGGCUUGUGUCGCGCUUACAAACGUCAAUAUUCGAUUGAGACCUCUUCGGAACGAUGACGGAGAUGACAACACCAAGUACGACACUCGUUUGCGCGAAAUUGGAGCAAGUACACUCGAGAAGCAAACAAGAAAGCGGAAGCGCUAUCAAGCCAAUCGACAGGCAAGGCUUCGUACGGCAUACCGUCGGCGGACUAGUCUCUCAUGCUCCAUUUUUAUGGGAGCCGAAGAAGACUGUAGCGACGACGAUACACAGUUGUGA